AUGGAAGCAUUAUUCAUCCUGCUUCUGCUUCUCAAUUUCAAUCUCAUCAACAUCGGAAUUAGCCACCGUGACCCUGUUCAAUGUCCCGUUCGUCUGUACUGUACAAAAAACGAAACCAAUAUUCUUGAGCUCCCUGGAGUUUCAUCCUCGGUAAAACUCCCCGUCCGUCACAUUAAUUUCAAAUCCAAAACACUAGAAGUGUAUGCUGCCGGAAUCUGUUUGUCGGAACUCUUUCUCAAACUCAAUUAUUCAUCAUUCUAUCCUUUCCGAUUCAUUCGAAAAGAUUUUGGUUACUCUGCCCCUGGUUAUGAUGAAAACUACCCACUUAAACCCACCAACAUUACUUUCUUCCAUUGUCCUUCAAAUAGUGAGUACACCACGUUACCUUGCCGGAUUCAAGCGGCCGACGAUGACGACGGCAUUGUCAGCACGAAUCUUGUGCGCUGCAGAAAACUGUCCCAUCAGGUUCUGCCAAUGCACGCCGAAUUUAUAAGGGAUUUUUCAUUCUACUUGGUGUGGUCGGAAACGAAUUUCCAUAGUGGAUGCUUCGUUGGUUGCAACAUGCCCAAGGGGACACAAUACUAUGAAUCCAUUAUUUUACCCGUUAUAGGUGCAGCUCUCCUGUUCUCAACACUGGCUGCCUUGUAUUAUAUAUAUUGCUAUUAUAGAAACAAAGGGGAAGAUCAACAAAGAGUUCAAACUUUUUUGAAGGACUAUGACGCAUUAAACCCAACCAGAUUCUCUUAUGCUGAUAUCAAGAGAAUUACUAAGCAGUUUAAGGACAAGUUAGGUGAAGGAGCUCAUGGAGCUGUCUACAAAGGUAAAUUGUCCAAUCAAAUUCUUGUUGCUGUCAAGAUUCUCAAUAAUGCAGACGGAGAUGGGACAGAGUUCAUAAAUGAAGUAGGAACUAUGGCCAAAAUUCACCAUGUCAAUGUGGUUCGCUUGCUUGGAUAUUGUGCUGAUGGAUCUCACCGCGCUUUAGUUUAUCACUUCUUCCCCAAUGGUAAUCUCCAGACCUUCAUUGCUUCGUCCAGCGACAAGGAAAGCUUUCUCGGAUGGAACAAGUUGCAUCAGAUUGCUCUCGGCAUAGCCAAAGGGAUUGAAUAUCUUCACCAAGGCUGUGAUCAAAGAAUUCUGCAUUUUGAUAUUAAUCCUUACAAUGUCCUGAUAGAUGAAAGUUUCACUCCAAAAAUUUCAGACUUCGGCUUAGCUAAGUUAUGCUCGAAAAAUCGAAGUACAGUAUCCAUGACUGCAGCUAGGGGAACCUUAGGCUACAUGGCGCCUGAAGUUUUCUCUAGAAAUUUCGGCAAUGUAUCUUACAAAUCAGAUAUCUACAGUUAUGGGAUGUUAUUGCUUGAGAUGGUUGGAGGAAGAAAAAAUACAAAUGCGAGUCAAGAAACAUUCCAAGUUCUAUAUCCCAAUUGGAUACAUAAUUUGCUUGAAGGAGAUGAUACAUAUAUUCCUAUUGAUGAUGAUGGAGAUUUUAGAAUUGCAAAGAAACUGGCAAUAGUGGGACUAUGGUGCAUCCAGUGGCACCCGGUUCACCGUCCGUCCAUGAAAAGUGUAGUUCAAAUGCUUGAAGGAGAGGAAAGCAAGUUGAAAGUGCCUCCGAAUCCUUUUGAAUCUGCAGCUGCGACUAGUUCAAGUGCAAUUAUUCCAGCAAGACGUCUGAAUUUGGAAUUGGAAGUAAUCCCAGAAACAGACUAG